AUGGAAAAGCAAAAGCUUUUCUCUUCGGCCUCUCCUCUUUCUCAUUCUUCAACAUCCAUCCUCAGCCGAAACGGUCUCCUCCUCCUUAUCACUCUCCUCGUUUUCCUGGGUGUGGUCUUACCCUGGGCAGGAUCUCCCUUGUUCCUGUUUCCAAACAGUACAUACUCUCCAUCUUCUUCUUUGCUCUCCAACUGGCACGACUAUUCCCUUGCUAACGCCGCCAAGUUUGUCGCUAAGAAUGGUACUUUGAUCGUAUGCACCGUUAGCUACCCGUUCUUUCCUUUCCUCAACAACUGGUUGAUCAGCGUUUCUAGACAGAAGCAUCAGGACAAGGUUCUCGUGAUCGCCGAGGACUACGCUACUCUUUACAAAGUCAAUUCCAAGUGGCCUGGCCACGCCGUUCUGAUUCCUCCAGCUCUUGAUUCUCAAAACGCACACAACUUCGGUUCCCAGGGUUUCUUCAAUUUGACAUCUCGAAGACCAGAACAUCUCUUGCAACUAUUGGAGCUAGGUUACAAUGUUAUGUACAACGAUGUUGAUAUGGUCUGGUUGCAAGAUCCAUUUCCGUAUCUAGAAGGAAACCAUGACGUGUACUUCACGGAUGACAAAACUGCAAUUAAGUCUUUGAGUCACUCUCAUGACUUACCACCUCCGGGUACAAACGGGGAGACUAAUAUAUGUAGCUGCAUGAUAUUCUUACGUCCAACUAAUGGUGCAAAGGUUCUAAUGAAGCAAUGGAUUAAGGAACUUCAUGCGCAACCUUGGUCUAAAUCAAAUCAAGGAAAUGAUCAGCCUGGUUUUAACUGGGCACUUGGCAAAACUGCUCAUCAGGUGGAUGUCUACUUGCUUUCACAAGCCGCGUUCCCGACAGGAGGAGUGUACUUCUGGAACAAGACAUGGGUUAAAGAGACAAAGGGGAAACAUGUUAUAAUCCACAACAAUUACAUUGUUGGUUUCGACAACAAGAUGAAGCGUUUCCGCCAGUUUGGUCUGUGGCUAGUUGAUGAUCAUGCCCUUGAGUCCCCAUUGGGAAAACUAGAGUAA